AUGUCUGCCGACCCCCAGGAUGCUCAGAGUGCGCCGGCUGGCGAUGCGCCGCGCGACCGACGCGAGAGCAUGUCGCAGCGCUCCGAAGCCUCCCAGACUGCCGCUGAUUUUAUUAGAGAUCAGAUGCAGCUCGAGGCCGAUGCCCGCGAAGCUCUACCCUACAGCAUAUCCGAAUGCACCAAGCCUCUCGGAUCGCUGCGCCAGAACGUCUUUGCCUGCCUGACCUGCAACCCACCCCCGGCAAACCCCAGCGACCCCUUCACCCCCGCUGGCGUGUGCUACUCGUGCUCAGUCCAGUGCCACGGUGAGCACGAGCUGGUCGAGAUCUUCCAGAAGCGCAACUUCACCUGCGACUGCGGCACCACACGCUUCACCAAGGACCAGCCCUGCACUCUGCGCCUCGAUCCCGACACCAACACCAAGGGCGCCGUCCAUUCCGAGCCCGCCGACCCCAACAACAGGUACAACCAGAACGUCCGCAACCGCUUCUGCUCCUGCUCCAUCGACUACAAGGCCCAGGAGCAGAAGGGCACCAUGUUCCAGUGCUUGGGCCUGGGCACUGCCGACCAGGGCGGCUGCGGAGAGGACUGGUAUCAUCCCGGCUGUCUGGCCGGCCUUGGUCCCAGGUGGUGGGACACCCCGGAGAAGCAGAAGGCACCAACAACAUCUGCCCCGAGCGGCGGGCUGCCAUCGAUCGCAGAAGAUGACACGCCACAGCAGCCGGCUGCGGUGGAACAGAAUGCGAGUGCGGCACCCGAAGACGAUGAUGACGACCCGCCGCUGCCCCAAGGCUUCCCUGGUGAAGAUGACUUUGACCACUUCAUCUGCUACAAAUGCAUCGAGGCAAAUCCCUGGAUCAAGCGUUAUGCGGGCUGUUUGUCGGGCUUCUUAGCCCCUGUAUACUUCAAGAAGCCAGACGACGAUGCAGCGACUGCGAAGAAGCGACCGCGCGACGACGAAGAUGACGACAAUACCGAGGACACUCAAACUAAGCGUAUCAAAAGUGAGCCACCCCAGGAAGCACAGGAUCCCUCCAUAUCGUCAGCCACCGACAGCGUCCCUAUCAAAGUCAAGGAGGAGGACUCGAAAGACGCCCUGGCCACCUCUCCUACCGCCACAUGCAAACUCGACAGUUUGCCUCCUACCCCGUCAGGCCAGUUCUCCCUGUUUGUUAAAGAAGGCUUUCGCGACCAGUUCUGUCGCUGUCCCGCCUGUUUCCCCAACCUUAAGCCCCACCCUCAGCUUCUGGACGAGGAGGAGGCAUACGAACCGCCGCUCUCGGAUACUGCCUCGGACAAUGGCUCCACACACGGUAGUGGUUCGCUGUACGAACGUGGCGAGUCGGCUUUGCGAAAUGUCGACCGUGUGCGCGCCAUCGAGGGUGUCAUGGCCUAUAAUCAUCUCAAGGAGCAGCUGACGCCCUUCUUCAAGCGCUUCGCUGAGAGCGGUGAGGCUGUUAGCGCCGAGCACAUCAAGGAAUACUUUGCCAAACUGCGUGGUGACCAAGAAGCCAUCCAGGAGGCUGGCGAAGCUGCCAAGAGCGAUAGUCGCCACGAGCAGAGCGGCUAUUAA